AUGUCUGUCUCCUCACUGCUAGCACUUCUGUCACUAUUUGCCAUUCAUCUUCAGCUCAUUUUUAGUCUACCCAAUCCUGACGGCCACCAUGGCAUAAUCCCCCAUGAGCCUCAGGGGCAGUGGGGGCAUGGCCCUGAGAUUUUCCCAGUCCAGACGAUACAUCUGGUCUGGGACCGGGAUCUCCCUAUUGAUCACGGCAAAAAAGUUAAAGUUUUGAGCGUUGAGACUGGCCAUGUCCUCUACCUUAUCAGCCAAGCCAAGGAUGACGCUUUCAGCACGAUAAUUUCCGACGGAAACGGUAAACAACUCCUGCGAUUCACACUCGAUAAAAAAGCAAUAAUCGGUUUCGAGCACGUAUACAACACAUCCGUAAAAACACUGCGCUACGAGAUCCAUCCGAAAGGGGGUGCUGCCGAUCGCUGGUUUAUGCGCAUAGGGGAACCCCCUAUAACUUUGGCAUAUCACCGCGGUCGUGCAAGAAACACUGGAAAUGUCUACUUGCGUGGCGAUAAAUUAGCUGCCUUCACAUUCGGCGACAUCGCACAGGUAGACAAAACCCAGAUGAAAUCUGCUGAUUUGAAAGGUGUUCAAAACGUUGUCACAUAUGAAAUUGUCAUGCGAUCAGACAUUCCGGAGUACUACUUCAUUGGGCUAUGGUGUCUGUCCAAAAGAAGAAUAGACCACUACGGCAAAUGA